AUGCUUUAUACAAAUGAAAAUGAUUAUUAUAUUGGUGCGAGUGGAUCCUGCUUUCAAUUCUUUCUUCCUCCAUUCUUUCAUUUCCUUAUUUCAAAACUGGAUCGCCGUUCAAGAGAUUCUCAUGGGCCCGGAGGUGUGUUUGUCAUACCUCGCCUAGACCCCAUCCCAGAGUUAAAGCAGUGUGUAGAGUGCGGUGUUCAGUUUAGCUUAUUUCGGAAAAAGUACUUUUGUCGUAAUUGCGGUAAUGUUGUCUGUUCAAAUUGCUCUGAUCAGCGACGACCACUUCCAAAGUUUGGCUAUGAACAACCAGUGAGGUGCUGUGAUACGUGCGACACUUUAAUCCAGAUGCAGCAAAUGAACUCUAGUGCUCUGUCGUCAAUGCCACUAAAACAACUUAAAUACUACAUUGAUGCGUACAACUUGUUUGCAAAGACUGCAAUUGAAAAAGGGGAUCUUGUGCUUAUUAUCCUCAAUACUCGGCCUAUAUCUAAUGACCACGAGGUUUACUAUCGUUCCAGGCGAAUUAUAACUAUCAAGGAUACUACGAAUAGUACGACGCAAAACAAUAGCAACAAUAGAACGAGCCAGGAGUUUAGCUUCAAUGUGAUGUUUAAUGAUUUGUUUGGAAACUCUCAAAGGCAACAUCCUCAAAGACAAAACUCUCCUCAGCCAACACAACCACAAUCACAACCACCGCCUCCUCAACCACAACCACAAUCACAGAAUAAUCAUUUCUAUCAGUCGAGAACCCCACAACCUACUCCUCCUCCUCAUCAACCACAAUAUAGCUGGGAAUAUUCAGCACGUGCACCCCAAAGUCAUCCCCCUGCUCAACCAACUCAAUCCACUCAGCCGUCUCGACCAGCCCAAUCAACUCGACCUACAUCUACUGCUCAGCCUACACAAAACCAAUCAGGGACUAAUAAUUCAAGACAGCAACAGCAGCAACAACAACAACAUCAACAACAGGCAGCAGGAAAGACAGAAAUGUCUUUGGAUGAUAUGCUUAAAGGCAACAUUAAUCCUGCUAAUCUGUCUGUCCGGACAUUAAAGGCAACUCUUCGAACACAUUAUGUUGAACAAUCUCAUUUGAUUGAGAAAUCAGAGUUUGUGUCUUGCGUUCAGCGUCUGUUGGAUGAGCGUAAGGCUGAGCUCAAGACAAAGCAAAAUGACACGGCCCAAUCGGAUGAUACUCUUUGUAGGAUUUGCUGUGACGCCCAGCAAAACUGUGUUUAUCUCAAUUGUGGACAUAUGAUGACUUGCAUGGACUGUGGUAAAAAGCUUGUUGAGCGUAACAACCAAUGUCCAAUCUGCCGAGAACCAAUUCUGAAGCUGGUGCAUGUUUUUCGAACCUGAUGGAAUCUUUUUGUUUUAUAUAUAUUACCUUUAUUCAUUUAUACGUAUGGCUGUAAUGUUUUUCUGGAUUCUGUUUAUUCUUCUUCUUAUUAUUUGAUUUUGUUUCAAUUAAAAAAAAUUGUACAAAUCAAAUGAAAAAGGGAAAGAUAGAAAGAAAGGAAAAAGUCAAAGCGAAUUGGAAAAGGUUUCACCUCUCUUUAUUAUUAUUAAUAUCAUUUUGUUUCUUUUUCCACUGGUGAGUCUAUUUUGUUAUUUUUUAUUUAUUUAUUUUUACUCUACUACACUUUGCUUUGCUUGUUAUCCAAUCACAUACAUACAGUACAUACAUUAUCGUUAUUUAUUACUUAUUCUUAUCAUCAUCACCAUUAACAUUAUUAUUUUCUUGAACCUGCCCUACAAAGUCCCAUAUAUGUAUAUAAAAUAGAGCAUUUCUUUUUUAUUAUCAUUAUCAGUAUGAAAAAUAAAAUAUCAAAUUAAACUAUCC